AAGAUUCUUUUAUAUCCUGUGCCAUUUCUGAAGCCCGUUUGCCAGUCCUGCCCUGCCCAGAGACACUGGCACAUGAAGAAAGGCAGCAGAAUUGCAAGGAAAGAAAGAUGAGACGAGUCGGAUACCUUAGAGAUGAAGUUUGCUUGCUUCAUUCACUGAGAAUUCCGUUUCUUUGUUAGAGAGGACUUGGAGCUGAUGAAGAAAUCUCAAGGGAGGAAAACAAAAUGGCAAAACACUUCAGCAGGGGUACAUGGUAGGUAAUAAUAACAACGAAAACCAAUCCAACCAUUCAGAGGAGGACAGAGGAGAGGAGACAGAAGGAAACAUUUAAAACUCAGAGGGGGAACAACAUGUGACUGACUGUCAGAGAACAGCAGGCAAUCAGGACUGCCAUCUCUCUUACAAAUUCUGUUCAGUUUGAAACCAUUUUACAAGCUCCUUUUGGAUCAACUCUGUGCCUUCAAGUUGUUACAUCAGGUUUGUUUCUGACUUUGUUUGCUGAUGCAGGUCAGCAGCAUGGCUAAGCUCUGCCUGUGUGUGUGUAUUUCCAUGAGUGUAUGGCUCCACGUUUCCCUCGGGUUGCCACCCCAGCACCUUGGAUGGCUGCGGCUGUGGAAGGAGGGUGAAGGUUGCAGGGAGUGCAAUCAGCACCUCUGUCCCCCACUCCCCAACAACUGUCCUGCAGGUCGGGUGUGGGACGAAUGUGGAUGCUGUGAACAGUGUGCUAACGUGGAGGGGCAGCAAUGUGACCCGGAUGGGGCUCAGAAGUUCUACGGCCGCUGUGGAGAGGGCCUAAUCUGCCAGAGGAAAAUGCCAAAGAGGGGACACAGGGCUGAGCCAGAGCCUACAUGUGUAUGUCAGGACAAGAACCCUGUGUGUGGCUCAGAUGGGUGGACCUAUCCAAAUGUUUGCCAGAUGAGAGAGGCCGGCAGCCGCCAUAAUAUAACCCUCGGGCUCAUUGGAACAGGACCCUGCCACUCUGCUCCCCGUGUCCUUCGAGGCCCCAGAAACCUGUUCAACUACACCGGGAAUGACAUCGUGUUUGGCUGCGAGGUCUCAGCCUACCCUCUUCCAAACCUGGGCUGGAAGAAGACAGGGAUUGAAAACUUCCUGCCGGGAGAUGAUCCUCACAUCUCUGUCCAGGCUCGGGGCGGUCCCCAGCGCUACACUGUGUCUACCUGGCUUCAGAUACAGGGCCUCCACCUUUCUGAUGCAGGAGUCUACUCUUGCAUAUCCUACAAUGCCUUGGGGGAAACGUCUGCAUCGGCACAGCUCACAGUAUUGAGACAGGUGGUAAAGGUGAUGAAAGGCCACGCUGAGGAGGAGCAGGAGUGCUCUGAUCAUCUGGAGGAAGGCAGUGCUGAUGGACAGCUGGCAUCUGGAGAUUACCCGGGAUUCAUUUAA